AACGAAAUGUUUAAAAGAGUUUUCUUCGAAAUUAAGCAAAAUUAGCGAAGACACUUUUUAAAAAAUAUUAAAACCGAAGAUACACAUCCACGUUAAAUCAAGUGAUAAAUUCAUAAAGUGUUUUUAUUACUUUGCGGCAUUACAUUUUCUGAAAAGUCCAUAAAAAAAAAAAUUAGUGCUAUCUGGGGGAGAUUUGGGGAAGACAAUUAUUACAAAUGUAUUGCGAAUAACAGUGAAUGUAAAAGCAAUCAGCAGACAAAUAGCCAGAAAGUUUCGAAAAGCAGGAAAUAAGAAAUAUAGUUAAGCAAAGUUAGUAAAUUAAUUGAACUAUAUUAAAGUGCAUUAAAUUUGCAAGAAGCAAAAACAAGAAAAAGGAAACGCAUUCCCAACUAGUGAAGUCAUCCAAUUUUGCGUCUUACAUAUAUGCAAGGUCUAUAUCGGAAAAAAGAAGAGGUGUAUCGUUUUCGCAUUAGCAGAUAAAAAAAAAAAAAAAAAAAAAUACGCAAUCAGUAUAAAAAGUUGAAAUAAUUGAUUAAAUAAAUAAACAUUGAAAGAAGAGCCAGUUAAAAUUAGCAAACUGAGUGCUUACGAAAGUAUGGACUUGAAGCAUAUGGAAAAUGGUAUGGGAGGAGGAGGAGGUACUGUCGGAAAUACGGGGACCUUGAGUGAAAUAGAUUUUCAAAGAUUGGCUCAAAUUAUAGCCACUAGUAUACAGAAAAUUGUACAAAAUGUUUCUACUAUGCAACGUAUGGUUAAUCAAUGCAAUACCCCUCAAGAUUCGCCUGAAUUGAAAAAACAACUACAUCAAAUUAUGACUUAUACGAAUCAAGUGGUGUCCGAUACCAGUAAUCAGCUUGAUGAGGUAGAAAAAUGUAGAGAACGCCAUUUAAAGAUACAGCGGGAUCGUUUGGUCGAUGAAUUUACAACGGCCAUAACUGCUUUUCAGGCUGUGCAACGUAAAACUCUUGAUAUCAAGAUAAAUCAAGUGCAUCAAGCUAAAGCCAAUCAAUACAAUAUACCCAAGCCACCAGGUAGUUCAAAUAAUACGACAAACAAUGGUGGUAAUAAUUCCUUUUUUGACGACAACAUAUUUGGCAAAAAAUCGCAACAGCAACAGCAGCAACAACAGCAGAUGCAAGUGCAAGAAGAAAUUGAUUUACAAGCCCUGGAAGAACAAGAAAAAGUGAUUAGAGAAUUGGAGAAUAACAUUGUCGGUGUUAAUGAGAUUUAUAAGAAAUUAGGAGCCAUGGUUUACGAGCAAGGCUUAACCGUCGAUUCUAUAGAGUCAUCAGUUGAACAAACUAGCGUUUUUGUAUCCCAAGCAGCAGAUAAUUUACGUAAAGCUAGUUCUUAUAAGAAUAAAAUACGCAAGAAGAAAUUGAUAUUGUUUAGCAUUUUAACUGUGGUUGCUGUGCUGAUAUUGAUCGUAAUGAUAAUGCAAUUAAGGAACUAAUUACUGAUUAUUAUUUUUAUUUAUGUUUAUAUGUAAUAUCAUCAUAAUGUGUAUAAAAAAAAAAAAAAAAAAAAAAACAAAUUAGAAAAAAAAAAAACAAAUGGGAACCAAAAUUAACACUUGAGUGUAUUAAACGAUUACGAAUGUUAUUAUAUAAACUAAACCAAAACGAUACAAGCGAAGACAUUCCUCUUCCUAAGGAUUAAUCAGCCAAAAAUUUUGCGGAAGAAACAUAAAGGAGAAAUCAAAUAAUCUCAAAUGAAUUAAAACGUCCUUAACUACAUUGAUCACAAACAUACUUAUAGAAUUCAAUUUCAUUUAUUAUGUAUUUCUGUGUACGUGGUUUAGGUCAUCUAUUCUUUGUUUAUUCUUAUUUUAUUGUAAAAAAAAAAAAAAAAAAAAAAAAAAAAAAUUUGCUUCUAGAAGAACCAAAAUUGUACUACAUCAAAAAUAUUAUCCAAAUAUUUAUUUUAUUCAUAAUUUAUUCAGAGUUUAGCUAAAUUUUUAUUUAUUAUCUGCUUUAUUCAUAUUUAAUUAGAGUAUUUUUGUUUUUAAAUUUCUUUAACUUUCGAAUCGGAUACAUUAUCAUCUUAUUUUUAUAUAUUGUAGUAAUUCAUGAAUACAAAUACGAUAAUAUUUGAAAGUAAUUAUAAAUUGAUUAAUGAAGAAAUUAAUAAAAAAAU